UCAUCGGCAAUAUCAUUUUCGACAGUUUGGAACGCAACACAUCCUCCGCUCAGCUAGUGGACUGCAAAAAAAAAAAGGGGGAAAAAAAGCAGUGAUCCCAGAGAAAAGACUGUCUUGCUAAACUCCUCAACCAGGGUUUGUCCUUUGGCCGCAGGAAAAUGCUGCAUCCGCAGAGGUCCCUGUCCGAGCUGCCGAAGAUGUCCGCGGCCAGUCAGGUGGAAAGAGCCGUGCUGGAGGAGGAGUUUAACUGGCUGCUGAAAGAAGAAGUGCAUUCUGUCCUGAAGCAGCUUCAGGAGAUCCUCAAGGAGGCGUCCAGACGUUUCUCCCUGCCCACUCCGGGCCUGGAGAGUCAGCUCAAGCAGGAGAACUUCAUCCUGGGCAGCUCAACCAUGGAUCAGGUGAAGGGAGUGCUGACUCUGCAGGGAGAGGCUCUGACUCAGGCGGACAUAAACCUGAAGGUCGCCAAGAGCAGCCAGGUCCUGCACUUUCAGUUCAGGGAGGACAAACAGUGGAAGCUGCAGCAGAUCCAGGACGCCAGGAACCACGUGAACCAGGCUCUGCUGCUGCUGAGCAGCCGCGACAACACCUACCAGUUCAAGACGGGCGCUGAGGUCAACAAGCUCAUGGACGCCGUGAUGCUGCAGCUGACGCGAGCACGAAAUCGCCUCACCACCCCGGCAUCAUUGACUCUUCCAGAACUGGCCACCAGCGGUCUGAUGAAAAUGUUCGCUCCCCCUAUGCCUGGCGACGUGAUGGUGAACUUUUACAUCAAUUUAAGCAAGCUGUGUCUGACCGUCUACCAGCUACACGUGCUGCCUCCCAACACCACCAAGAACUUCAAGCCAACAGGAAGCUCUGUGUUGCACAAUCCAGGAGCGAUGUUCGAGCUCAACAACAACCGCUUCGAGGUGAGCCACGUUCACAAGGUGGAGUGUGUGGUGCCGUGGCUCAGCGACACGCUGGUGUUCUUCACCAUCUCCCUGCAGCUCUGUCAGCAACUCAAGGACAAGAUCUCCGUCUUCUCCAGCUUCUGGAACUACAGGCCGUUCUGAUCCAGCCCGUCCUCCACAAACCAAACUAACCAAUCAAGUGUAAGGGAAACGCUGGAAAGCUUUUAUUUUUCUAUGUAUUUAUCAUGCAGUCUGUCAAAGUGUUCCACCACGAGCUGAAAGCAGCCACACACCACCAGAUAUCAAUAUUAUAGAUCAGAAUUGAGUUAGGCCAGCUGACCUUUAUUUCUCUCAUAUGUGUGUGUGUGGGGGUGUGUAUGGCAACUCAUGAUACAAAUUUGAACCUCUCAAUGAACGAAUGAAUGUGUUUAUUAUUUAAAUUCUUUCAUCAUGUGAAGCACUAAUGUUUGCACUCAGGAUGGAAGGACUGAGUAUCCAAGUGUUUUCAGGUUUGUCCUGAAAACCCCACAUUUCCUCUGAUCUCUCUACAUUUUUGCUAGUUUCUGUUUUCCUCCCUCCAACAACACAGUUGUUCUCUGAGAUUUACUGAGCUCACUGUUCCUCAGAGGCUCAACGGGCCAGGCUCCUUCUAAUGUCAAGUUACAGAAACGCUGAAAUCUGGCGACCCUUAGCCUGUUUCUAUCAUUAUUAUUAUUAUUAUUAGCUUGCUAAUAAUAAUGACCAGUGACUGACCAGUUAAAAUGUUUUCCAGUCAGUGAACACGGCCCAUUUAAAGGGAUAGAUAAUAUUUUUUUCAGCGUCGUUGGAGCGAGGAUGUCCAAACUUUAUGGAAAAAAAAAAACCCACACACUUAAAUCGAGCUAAUAAAGUUGUCUGAUUUUAUUAUGUAUUUAUUUUGAUAGGAAAGAGAUGUUAUUCAUUGUAGAUCCAAAACUUAAAAGGGAGUUUUCACGUUUGCCGUGUUAAAAGAAAAAUGUAUUGUUUAAAUCUGUUCAGGCUCAAUUGAACAGAUUUAUUCUCCAGAUUUGAGUCCCUUUCUCUGGCCAUACACUGGCCAUAUGUAGCCAAGAUUAAUAAAUUAGAUUAAAAAAACAAAGUCGGCCUUUCAGUGAAGGUCUCUGGGGAUGUGUGGUUCUUCCGAUUAAAAAAAAAAAACAGCCAACACUCUGUUGUACUGAACAUUUUUCACUGUAAGAAAAUUAUUAUUUUUCACUGAUGACAAAUUCAAAAGUCUCCGUCUGAAUCACCCAGCUGUGCUGGAUGGGUGCUGGAAGGGUCCGUUGGUGACCGCACAAAAUCAGUCCAACGACCACAAAUGGACCCCGGGCUGCAGGUUGGACACCCCUGUCUUAGAGUGCUGGUUUCAGCUGACCACAGCAGAUUGUCUGAUCCUGGUAGACUCUCUAUCAGCCUGAAUUCAGAUUCAGC